CCGCCCAAAAGAUGGCAUCGGAGAGUGGGAAGCUAUGGGGCGGCCGGUUUGUGGGUGCAGUGGACCCCAUCAUGGAGAGAUUCAACUCAUCCAUUGCCUACGACCGAAACCUGUGGGAGGUGGAUGUGCAGGGCAGCAAGGCCUACAGCCGGGGCCUGGAGAAGGCUGGGCUGCUCACCAAGGCCGAGCUGGACCGUAUUCACCAAGGCUUAGACAAGGUGGCCGAGGAGUGGGCCAAGGGCACCUUCAAACUCAACCCCAACGAUGAGGACAUCCAUACUGCCAACGAGCGGCGUCUGAAGGAGCUCAUUGGGGAAACUGCAGGGAAGCUGCACACGGGACGGAGCAGGAACGACCAGGUGGUCACAGACCUCCGGCUAUGGAUGCGGCAGGACUGCUCCAAGCUCUCAGGCCUCCUCCGGGAACUCAUCAAAAGCAUGGUGGACCGGGCAGAGGCGGAACGGGAUGUCCUCUUCCCAGGCUACACUCACCUACAGAGGGCACAGCCCAUCCGCUGGAGCCACUGGAUCCUGAGCCAUGCCGUGGCACUGACCAGAGACUUGGAGAGGCUGCUGCAGUUGCGGCGGCGUGUUAAUGUGCUGCCCCUGGGGAGUGGGGCCAUUGCAGGCAAUCCUCUAGGAGUGGAUCGGAAUCUGCUCCGGGCAGAAUUGGACUUCGGGGCUAUCACUCUCAACAGUAUGGAUGCCACCAGUGAGCGAGACUUCGUGGCUGAGUUCCUGUUCUGGGCAUCUCUAUGCGGAACUCACCUCAGUAGGGUUGCUGAGGACCUCAUCAUCUAUGGCACCAAGGAGUUUAGCUUUGUGCAGCUAUCAGAUGCCUACAGCACUGGAAGUAGCUUGAUGCCCCAGAAGAAAAAUCCUGAUAGCCUGGAGCUGAUCCGGAGCAAGGCUGGGCGCAUGUUUGGACGGUGUGCGGGGCUCCUGAUGACACUCAAGGGACUUCCGAGCACUUACAACAAGGACUUACAGGAGGACAAGGAAGCCGUGUUUGAAGUGUCAGACACCAUGAGCGCCGUCCUCCAGGUGGCCACGGGUGUCAUCUCUACACUGCAGAUUCACCGGGAGAACAUGGCGAAAGCCCUGAGUCCUGACAUGCUGGCUACUGACCUUGCCUACUAUCUUGUCCGCAAAGGGAUGCCAUUCCGUCAGGCCCAUGAGGCCUCUGGGAAAGCUGUGUUCAUGGCUGAGACCAAGAAGGUUGCCCUUAACCAGCUGUCACUGCAGGAACUAAAGACCAUCAGCCCCCUGUUUGCAGAUGAUGUGAGCCAUGUGUGGGACUAUGGGCACAGCGUGGAGCAGUACACCGCCUUAGGUGGCACAGCGCGCUCCAGUGUCGACUGGCAGAUCAGCCAGGUGCGAGCACUGCUGCAGGCACAGCAGGCCUAGACCUCUCCCUCUGCCCAGUCCCAAAUAAAGUGGGCCCAAGAAGAGGCCAUU